CCGAACGUUGAGACAUUUCUCAAGGCCGCGCGUGACUCUGAGCGAGGAAGGGGCUCUCUUUCACUUUCGACAGCAGCAGCGGCGGCGGCGGCGUUCCAAGGGGCUUCCCUUUCUCUGCAGCAUCAGCAACAAUGUUCUCUUUCCUGCCUUUGCUGCUGCUGUUGCUGCUGCUGAGGCUCAGGCUCGGCUGGGAAGGCGGGCUGGCCCUGGCCCUGGCCCAGGAGGAGGAGGAGGAGGAAGGAGAGCCCAGGCCUUGGCUGCGGGCGGCACUAGCUCUCCCGGACCCCAUGCAGGAUUCGCACCUGGAGCCCGAGUGCCGGCAGCUCCUGGCCGGCUUCGCCAACAGCAGCGUCCGGCUCAGCGGGUGCCUGGUGCUCAAUGCGAGGCCGGUGACCCUCUGCCAAAAGUGCCACCGCCAGUUCCGGGAAGUCACCGAGCAGAUGGAGAACAUCACCCGGGGCCCUGGGAACACUACUGAGAGUAACCCCUGUGCCAAAAGUCUCUUGAUGUCUGAUAGACUACAGAUAGUUGUGGUCCUGUCCAAUUUUUUUAUAGACACAUGGAAAAAAGCAAAUUGUGCAAAUUGUUUAAAGAACAACAGUGAAGGCUUGUCAAAUAGUACAGUGACAUUCCUGGCCUUAUUCAAUGAAUCGUUGGCAUGCUUUGAACACAACCUCCAGAUGCAGGAGGACAAUCUGCUCCUAGGUAACCGCUCAGAGGUAUGCAAGAACUGCAAUGUGACUUACAAAAAAUUGAAUGACAUGUACAUCCAUAUGCAGAAGAGUGGGCAGCAAGAGGAAUCUGGAGAACAGUUCCAUUUGUGUAUUGAUGUGGAAGAUGCAAUGAACAUCACACGAAGGCUUUGGAGCACUACUUUCAAUUGUUCUGUCCCCUGUAGCGACACGGUGCCAGUGAUUGCCGUUUCUUCAUUCAUUCUCUUUCUGCCAGUUGUUUUUUACCUGAGUAGCUUCCUUCACUCAAAGCAGAAAAAGCGUAUCCUAAUGCCAUCCAAGCGGUUCCAGUCAAAUGAUAGUUCUGUGAACAUCCAAGAAAAAAACAACUGAGCCUACAGAAUGCAAACUGCUGUGGGACAUAUUUAAUUGCUCUGAAGGAGAUAAUUGCAAUUUGGCAUUGCACUGGAUUGUAAGAUGUUAAACAAGACUUGUACAGCUCUGAGACGGGUACAUACACUGAAGUGGCAAAGGUUUCUUUCACUGAUACAUUGUUUUUUGCCUUUUAUUGUGAAAGGAAAUUGAGACUGUUUCCUUCCUUCUGUACUUGUGCUUUUGUCUCACUUGCUUUUUGAUUAGUAACUAUUGAAUUAUCCCUCCUUGUUUCCAUUAUACAUUCCUAUUCUUUGCAGCCUAUGACUGGUAACAAUCUAAUUUUAACUUUCAUGUUCCCAGCCUUUAUUAUGAGUCAGCAACAUUCUAGUUUGUCUGUAAACACCCCUCCUUUUUUUAAAAAGGCAAAAUUAAAGCUACUGCCUUAAUUGCUAACAGUAUUCUGCACCUUUUGGCUAUAGAAUUUAGAUCUUGGUUCUCUAACCAGAUCAUUUGUUGCAAUUCUGCUUACCUCUCUGAAAUAGCUUCUGUAAUUUUUGGUACUUUAUUUUUUUCAGCAAAGAAGCCAGAACUACUGAUCAUUCUGUCUUGACAGAAUCUAUGUUGUGCUCUUGAUACUGCCACAGAUAGUGUUCAAUAAACAGUCAACUCUGUUACUUUGGGUUAGGACUGUAUGAAGAUUGUGUUAAUUGAAGCACUGUUACAUAAUCAUGUUCCUUUCCUCCCUUAUCCCUAAAGUACCCUUCUCCAACCUGGUGCUCUUCAGAUGUGUUGGACUAUAGGUUUAAGUCUGGUUAGUUGGCUAGGGAAUCCUGGUAAUUAUAAUACUACACAUCUAGAGAGUAUCAGGUUGGGAAAGGCUGCCCUAAAGCUACUCUUUAUAAAGUGGCUUUAUGUUUAAUGGUACAUAGUAUAAAUAUAUUUAUUAGAAUUACCACAGUAUUUUGCUAUUUUUGUAUAUAUCGCCAUGGGGAAGUUAUAGUAAAAACAAAUAACUAGACAUGAUGAAUUUUGUUUGGACUGAACUUGUUUUGGCCUAAGAUAUAACAUAUAUUUUAUGCAAAGAUGUGUUUUUUUAAACAUACUGAAAUGUUUUUGAAAAUUUCUAAGUAUGAAAAUAUUUUAUUAGCAUAGGAGGAACAUAGAUUUUUCUGUUUUAAUAAGAUAUAAAAAUAUACUUAAGAAACCUUGGGUCUCAAAUUAUGAGGGUCUUUGUUGUCCAAACCACAACACAGCAGGUGGAUUUUGGGUACAGUGUAUUAUUAUUAAUAUUUAUUUAUAGAGUGCUGUGAAGUUUACACAGCGCUUUACAUAGUAAGGGUCAAAUAAAAUGGGGGGGGGGGGGAAGAAGAGAAUAAAAACCUGCCACAUGCCAUACACUCUAAAACAACAACAUUGCAUGAUUAAAAGAUCUCUAAAAUAAUACUAAUGAGGAUACAAGUACAGUCUAUAGUCCCCAAGAGGAUGUCCCUCUGGUCAUAGGAUACUGUACACCUCCCCACUGCAGUUGGGAGAUCCAUUUAACAAUGAAAAGCUGCCAUUGUUCAGUGUCUGGAAAGGGCAAAAAGGAUGCACUGGACUGUAGGAAUCUUUGGAUCUACCUGGUCCAAAUCCCCUUGUUUCCCAUUAGGAGGGAUUUUUUAAAAAGGAAAAAAAAGUGGGAAAAUGUUUAUCGUCUUCCUUAUCUGCUCUGGCCAGCAUGAAUGAGUCAAUGCCAGUAUUCCCCUUCAGACUGCAGCCAUGGUGGAAAAAUGGGGGGGGGGGGGGGGGGGAGAGGGGAUAGUGGAAGUGCAUAUCGGACAUAUAGUUCUGUUCUUUGUAAUAAUAUUUAAACACACUUGGAAAUGUAUUCAUCAGGUAAAUUCAGACUUAAUACUACUUAACAAAUCUCCACAAAUCAGAGAGACCUAUAUUAUUAAUGGCAAAAUCUUCCAUCUAUUUCAUGGAUCAACUAUAAGUAGAAGUAAGUUGGGAUUUCACUCAUAGAAAUCAAUGGAACUGGCUUCCCACUCCAUAUUUUUAGAAUUGAGAUGAUAGACGAACAUUGUUAAAACGUUGUUAGAGGAACAUUGCUAAAAUCAAGACUAUCCUGAAUGAGUCAGUGUGAGAACUGAAAUGGGUACUACCCACUGUAAAAGCAAGGUAUUGAAGACACUGAUACUUGUGUCCAAAGAAUCAUUCCAUAUUGAAUGAUGUAGUAGACCAAGGCAGUAGCAAAUUCAGUUUGCAGGAGUAGCGGAUGCAUUUCUGAAUACACCUCUGCUUGUAAUAAGAAAUUCCUUGUUUGAAAGAAUGCAGUACAUCAAAAAGGUUUGCAUAAGACCUUUAUCACAGAUUUGCUGCCUUCUUACAUAAAAGGAGCUUUUGCUAUGGGGACACAUUUCAAAGUAAUCCUCUGAUGUAGUACAGACAUCUGUGACAUUAUUCUAUAUGAUUUUCUGGAAUGUUUCUUAUAAUCUCUGAGUAAAGGGCCUAAAUACCCUAAAGGUGCCAGAUCCCAUAUGAUUUUGGAAGCUUUGGCCGUUUACAGACCACCCCUUUGGGGUGGCCUGUACCUGCCCCUUUCCCUGAUGGAUCGGGCCUCAGCUGCCACAGCGGCAGCCCUGAGGCCCCGAUUUGCUGCUUUUCCAGGCCGCGGGGA